AAACCAUGUUCUUGUUUUUUGUCUUUCUUCUUAAUUCUCCCUCUUUUUUAGCCUAACUAAGACAGCCUGCAACUUUCCUUUCUUUUUCUGUCCAAUAAUUCAAUUUUUUAACCACUUUAUUUACAAAAUAAACUAAUUACUAGUUAAUUAUGCUAAUAGGUUAAUUAUUUGGCCUAUUACGUAUUUGUUUCAUCUAUUUGUUUCUCAUUUCUAUCCUUUCAUCUGAUUUUCUGCCUUGCUGUUCCAGUGCGAACGAUUUUAAUUCUUUUUUUUGUGCCUUAAGAGUGAAGAAUUCUGUUUCAUCGUUAUUUUCACCAUUUCCAUCACCACCAUCAUCAUAAUUUCAUAAUAUUUAGCUUUUGCUACAAGAAAAACAAACAUGUCACCAAACAAAAGACAGAAGAAAUCAAAUGAAAAGGUUACAACCAGUGAAAGUGAAUACAUCGUGGAAAAGAUAGUUGAUAAAAGAAUCAAAAACGGAAAAGUUGAAUUUUUGCUAAAAUGGAAAGGUUACGGUGAACGAGAUAAUACUUGGGAACCCGUCGAUAAUUUGAAAUGUCCAGAGUUAAUCGAAGAUUACAAACGGCGCGAAAGAGCUGCUAAGCCUGGCCAAAGUACUUCAAAAGAGGCUGAUGAUCAAGUUAACGGAAAUGGAACUGUUACCCGGAGAUCUGCAAAUAGAAGAAGUGGAGAAGCCGCCAAUAUUCAGAAUAGUGGUGAUGAAAUUGUUGUUAAACCUAAAAGGGGACGUAAAGCGAAAACAUCAGCAGCAGCAGUUACUGCAGCCAAAGUUUCAACUACUGAGCCACCACCAGUAGCCCCUUCUACCCGAGCCAAGCGAGGAGCUGCAGUUGCAGCAAAAACCUCACCCAGAACCACAGCUCCAAAAAGAGUCUCAUCGAGAGGCAGAAAGGUCAAAAAAUUUGACGACGAAGUGGUAACAAACGGACACUCUACUACCGAGAAUUCCAUCCCCAAGAAAAAACAUUCAUUACGACAAGCAGUCAAGAGAAAAAUAUAAAUUUGGUUAUCUUAUCCCUUUUCGUAUCAUCAUCCCUAACAACACUACUUGUCAAAAAAUAAUUUUGAUUCCUUCUCUAUUACCUCUUAUACGUUCUUAGUCUUUACAAACUUUCAUUUGACAAUUGUUGUUUUGUUAAAAACUGUUUUUGUAACCAGAAAUAGUCUCAUUGAGACCUUAUUUCUUGGAAUCUAGGAAAAAAAAUUUUGCUCGUUCCUUUUCCCUCCUUUUUCAUCAUUAACUUUGCAUCAUUUAUUUCAGUUUAAAAAAAAAUUACUUUUUGCUAACUAUUA